ACAGUAACCAUAAAUGCAUAAUUUGCCGUGGUAAGGUAAGAGCAGAAAAUGCUCUAUUGGUCUGGUUUUUCGAUCUAAAAGGCGGGAAAUCUAUUCAUUCCGAUUCAUUUUUUAUUUCAGUUCCGGAGUUUUCCUCUAACUCAUCCGAUUCGAUUCUUCUUGUCUGAACUGAUCUGAGUUAUCUUCAUCUUUUUCUUCCUUGAUUCGAACUGCUUUAGAUGUUGAUGGAUUCUUCAGAAUGCGGAGGUGUUUUGGUGAUUGCAGCUCCUGCUUGGCAAAUACAAAAGCACAUUCUAUGGUGACAGACAGCCACAUGGAGGAUCUUCCAAUUUCUUAACUCAUAGCUGAUUAAUAAACAUAGAGUCUGAGUUAUGUAACAUCCAAACACAUCAGAGUACAGUGGUCUUUAAAUUUGAGCAGGUGGAGAAUAUGGAUACUGUUUCUCAAGCAAGAGAGGACAGUAAUACAAGGAUAAGUUCAAGCCCCAUAAAAGGUAUACCACAAGAAAACCAUCAACAUCACAUGGAACAUGUACAAAGUGAAAGUGCACCGCAAGAAAAUCAUGAAUCUGGUCCUGAACAUAGACAAAGUGAUAAUACACCACAAGAAAACAAUCAAUUUGGGUCGGAACAUAUACAAAGUGAAAAUACAACACAAGAAAAAUAUCACCUUGCCUCCGAACGUGUACAAAGUGAUUGUGCACCACAAGAAAGUGAUCAACUUGGCUGCAAACAUGUACAAAGUGGAUCAAUAGAAACUAUGUUGGGUCAAGGAGAUCAUUCUACUGAUAUCAAGGUAGUGGAACCUCUAGCUAUGGAUGCAGCAAAGAAAUGUCCUGGUUCUUCACACAGGAAAACUAAGGUCCUCCUUGGAUCACGGAAAAGAACAUAUUUGUUAAGAUCCUCAAUUGGUAGUGCUAGAGUUCUUCGGUCAAGGUCCUGUGGAGCCUCUAAAGCUCCUGUUCACCCUGUUGCAGCUGACAGGUCAGUGAAUGCUACUGCUGAGAGGAAGAAAAAAAGAAAGAAGAAAAUAACAAGCAAAAAAGUUGAUGACGAAUUCUCAAAAAAAAGGAAACGCUUAAGGUACUUGUUGACUCGAAUGAGCUUUGAACAAAGCCUGAUUGAUGCUUAUUCUGGUGAAGGUUGGAAAGGACAAAGUGCAGAAAAGAUUAAGCCAGAGAAGGAGCUUCAGCGUGCCACGACAGAAAUUUUUAGUUGCAAAGAGAAAAUACGCAAUUUGUUUCAACAUAUUGAUUCUUUAUGUGCUUCAGGAAAGCUUCAGGAAUCUUUAUUUGAUUCCGAUGGACAAAUCUCCAGUGAGGAUAUAUCUUGUGCCAAAUGUGGGUCCAAAGACUUGACUACCGAUAACGAUAUUAUACUUUGUGAUGGAAUGUGUGACCGUGGGUUUCAUCAAAUGUGUUUGGAACCCCCACUGUUAAAAGAAGAAAUUCCUCCUGGAGAUGAGGGCUGGUUGUGCCCUGGAUGUGAUUGCAAAGUAGAUUGCAUUGACUUACUUAAUGACUCUCAAGGAACGGAUCUCUCUAUUGAUGAUCACUGGGAGAAGGUUUUUCCUGAGGCAGCUGCUACUGUAGCUGAAGAUAAGCAAGAUGAUUACUUAGGGUUGCCAUCAGAUGACUCUGAAGAUGAUGACUACGACCCUGAUGGUCCACAGGAUGAUGCGAAAGUGCAGUCAGAAGACUCAAGUUCUGAGGAAUCUGACUUUUCUUCUGCAUCUGAGGACUCUAGGGCUUUACCCAACGAUGACCUUUACAUGGGACUUCCUUCUGAUGAUCCAGAAGAUGAUGAUUAUGAUCCUAAUGGUCCAGAUCAUGAUGAACAGGUUAAGAAGGCAUCCUCAAGUUCUGAUUUUACUUCUGACUCUGAGGAUUUCAGUGCUUCAGGUGAGGAUAGCGAGUCUUAUGUUGCUGUUGAAGUUCCUAAACCGUUGUCACUGGAUGAUGCCAAAUCCGUUCAAGGUUCAGGUGAAAGACCCACAACGGUUAGAAAUAAAAAAAAAUCUGUAAAUUCUGAGCUUCAGUCCCUUCUGGAGUCAGAUCCAAAUGCCACACUUCUAUCAGGGAAAAGGAAUGUUGAGAGGUUGGACUACAAGCAGCUGCAUGAUGAAACAUAUGGAAAAGUUCCUUCUGAUUCGAGUGACGAUGAAGAUUGGACGGACGGAAAUGCAUCCAGAAAAUGGAAGAGCAAUGCUGUAGGAAAUUAUACCAUAUUGCCAAAAAGAAAUUCUUCCACCUCCAUGAAUGGGACGAAACGGAUAAAGCGAAAUUCAAGAGAGACUGAAAAUACUCCAGAAAGAAAAACACGCCGAAAGCUUGACCUUGAAGGUGCAAAUGAGUUACUGGACCAUAACCAUAAAGAUGGUCCAGAGCCUUGCUCUUCUGGGAAAUUGGCUACUGCAUCGCCAUCUAGACUUGGAAAAGCUGUAACUCAG